AUGAAUAUCGAUUUAUAUCAAACAAUUCAGGUUGAAAAUGAAAAAGAAAGUGGUUCGAAAAAGAGUGGUUCGGAGAAAUUAAAGAAAUCGGAAGGUGACAAAAAAUACGAAGAUGAUAGAAAAGCUGGUCCUUCGACUGAAGGCGAAAUAAAUGAGCCAAACCUAGAAAACGAUGAGAAGGAAGAAAAAAAUGGAAAGGAAGAGGAGAAAAAUGAGAAAAAGGAAAAGGAAAAUAGGAAGAAGGAAAAGAAAGAGAUGGAUGAAGCCUCAGAGAAAAAAGAGCAAAAAGAGAGUGACAAGAAGUCUGAUGAAAAAGAGGGUGAGGAGAUUGAGGCCGGUAAAGAUAAUAAAGAUAAUGCUGCUGGAAAAGAAAAUGAAAAUAAAGGAAGUUCGAAAAAAGAAGAGGAGGAGAAGGAGUUAGAACAAAAGAAAGAAGGAGGAGAGGAAGAGGACAAGAACGACGACAUUAAGAAAAACAAGAAAGAAGAAGGGAGAAAGAGUAGUGAGAAAGAAGGAGAAGAAAAAGAUGAAAAAAGAGGAGGAAAAAAAGUGGAGCAGAAGAAAGAGGAGGAAAAGAAGAAAGAGGAAGUAACCUAUGAUCCGAAAGAACUUAAAUUUACACUAGCUGGCGGUUCAGUAAAGUUUACCAUUAGAAAUAGUACUGCUAAAAGACAGGCCCUUAAGAUAAAAUGUUCGGAUAAUUUCCUAUAUCGAGUGAAUCCAGUCUUUUCGUUCAUGGAACCAAGUGCAGAACAAACCAUUGAAGUGAUAAGACAAUCUGGAAAUCCGAAAAUCGACAAACUUGUGCUCAUACAUACGCCGGCAAAUGCAGGCGAAAUGGAUGCUCCAUCAUUGUUCAAGAAACCAAUUACUUAUGUAAAUUUCACAAUUCCAUUGCUAGUAACGUGAAGAGAACUGUAAUUUCUGAGGACAUUUCACACUGUUCAUGGUGCACUUCUCCCAAAAUCACUAUGAAUUGAAUAAAAGUUGAUAUCUGUAAAAUAUACAAUUUCUUAUCACCAAUAGUUUCCAUUCCUUAUCAUUAUUCUCCUAGCUAGUUCUUCUUCACUUCUCUAUCUCAUCUAAAAAGAUAAAGUAUUUCGAG